AUGUCUGACGAAUUUAUCAUCAAGCCGGAGAAUGUAUCUCCAACUAGUAAUACUAGCGAAUGGCCUUUGUUGUUGAAGGAUUACGACAAGUUGUUGGUUAGAAGCGGUCAUUACACUCCUAUCCCAGCUGGUGCAUCUCCUUUGAAGAGAGACUUGAAGUCCUACAUCAGUUCUGGUGUGAUUAACUUAGAUAAGCCAUCUAACCCAUCUUCCCACGAAGUUGUUGCUUGGAUCAAGCGUAUUUUGCGUUGUGAAAAAACUGGUCACUCGGGUACUUUGGAUCCUAAGGUUACUGGUUGUUUGAUUGUUUGUAUCGACAGAGCUACCAGAUUAGUCAAAUCUCAACAAGGUGCUGGUAAGGAGUAUGUGUGUAUUGUUAGAUUACAUGAUGCUUUGAAGGAUGACAAGGAACUUGGUAGAGCGCUAGAAAAUUUGACUGGUGCUUUGUUCCAAAGACCUCCAUUAAUCUCUGCUGUUAAGCGUCAAUUGCGUGUCCGUACCAUCUAUGAUUCCAAGAUGAUUGAAUUUGACAACAAGAGAAACUUGGGUGUUUUCUGGGCAUCCUGUGAAGCUGGUACCUAUAUGAGAACCUUGUGUGUCCACUUGGGUAUGCUUUUGGGUGUUGGUGGUCACAUGCAAGAAUUGCGUCGUGUUAGAUCUGGUGCUCUAUCUGAAAACGAUAACCUAGUCACUUUGCAUGAUGUUAUGGAUGCUCAAUGGGUAUACGACAACACAAGAGAUGAAUCCUACUUGAGAAAAAUCAUCCAACCACUAGAAACUCUAUUAGUUGGCUACAAGAGAAUUGUUGUUAAGGACUCUGCCGUUAACGCUGUCUGUUACGGUGCUAAACUAAUGAUUCCAGGUCUACUACGUUACGAAGAAGGUAUCGAAUUGUAUGAUGAAGUUGUAUUGAUCACUACUAAGGGUGAAGCCAUUGCUGUUGCCAUUGCACAGAUGUCCACUGUUGAUUUAGCUACUUGUGAUCACGGUGUUGUUGCCAAGGUUAAGAGAUGUAUCAUGGAAAGAGAUCUAUAUCCAAGAAGAUGGGGUCUAGGUCCAAUCGCCCAAAAGAAGAAGCAAAUGAAGGCUGAUGGUAAACUAGAUAAAUAUGGUCGUACCAACGAAAAUACCCCAGAAGAAUGGAAGAAGAGCUACGUCUCCCUUGAGAAUGCCGAAGCCCCAGCUCCAGCUCCAAAGUCCGAAGAUAAACCAUUGAUCAAGGAAGUAGAGAAGAAGGAAGCAAAGGAGGAAGCAAAGGAAGAACCAAAGACUGAGUCCAAGGUAGAAGUCGAAGAGAAGAAGGAAAAGAAAGAAAAGAAGGAAAAGAAGGAAAAGAAGGACAAGAAGGAGAAGAAAGAAAAGAAGGAAAAGAAGGAAAAGAAGAGAAAAGCGGACGAUGACGAAUCUUCUGAAAAGAAGAAGAAGUCAAAGAAAUAA